AUGUGCUCCGUCGCUGCUUUGUCGCCGCUCCUAAAGCUUGAUGUUGAAGAAGUCAUUGCUUACGCCCCACGGCGGCGAUGCCACUUGGUGUCGUUUGCGACUUCCACUCUUCACUCGGCACUGUGUCAACAGCAUAUUAAAUGUGCUGGAUGCAGCUCCCCACGGACCAUACAGAAGCCGUCGAAGGCCUUGCCUGUAAGCAGGGACCACAACCUCCUUAAGGCGUUUACUUGCCGUGGUGGCCGGUAUUCAGCACUCGAAGGCAAAGCUUCGUGCUUCUCUUGUAGGCAGUGGCUUUUCCCUGUCACUCUAACGAGACUAGACUCUAAGAUAUGGGGGAUCGCUGCAGGCAGCAGUGUAGCUUGCAAACUCGGAUGGGACGAAUACGUUCAAAGGAGGCGGAUCAGGCAGAUGAGCACUGGUUUGGGAGGGCAAUCAGAAUCUGAUGGGCCCUCUUCUAGUUGUGGAUUCAGUUACUCACAGUUUGUCAGGCAGUGUUCAGAGUGCCUCACCGACCGCCAGCUUGAGCGCGUGGCUAUGCGCCUGAAGGCGUACAAGGGGCUAAAGAAGACUCCACGUGCGCAGAACAAGCUUACUGUUAUUCGAGAUAUCGGGAAAAUCGUGCCACAGGAGCAUCGGGACUCUCUCACGAAGCUCCUUUCGGAUAGCCUCGAUAUUGUGGAUCCGCAUCAUUUUCUACGGCUUUCCAAAGUAUCAGCAGAGCGUAUCUGCAUCCAAGAUGAAGUUGGCGACGGCAUUCCGCAGUCGAUUAUGGGCGACUAUACCGUAGGGGCCCAGAUCUUGAGCGCUCAACGAGCCCAGCAGAAUUUAAGGCGUCUAGACCGCACGGGCUCAGCAACGUGUUCUGGUUGUUAUUCGUUUGCUUCGCAGGCAUUUUCCGGCUGUGGAACGAUUGUAAACUUGGAGAUUUUUGAUGACCGCUUGCGAACUCUUGAUCAAACAGAUGACAAUACCAUGCAAGCUAAGGGGGAACAGGCCAUUAAGGAUAAGCUGGAGAGACGCUUUUCCCCCAUUUUCGCUUUAGCAGAAUUCAGCUCAACUCAGGAAAAAGAGAACGCGUGCAGUACAUAUCUUCGGACAUUUGGAGUACCCUGCAUCGAUCGCCUUGUAUAUCCCGAAGAUGCUGCAGUCAAGAAGACACUCAUCGCAACAAACUUGCCUUUUGUUCUGACUCCUGAUGAAAUUGCUCGCAUAUUGGCAUUUGCAUUAGUCCAGGAUUCGGAAAAUAACAGACAAAAGCCUGGCACCUGCCGCAUCCGCAUGACCAAUCCAGGCCUGUUUGGCUAUGACCAACUCCUUGUUGAAGCGCGCUCGGACGCACCAGAGCCGUUCUUUGUCUUGCCAUUGCACGAGAAAAUAUUGCUGACCUCGACAGAAUUUUUCAUGAAUCGUUUGGUGCUGAAUAAUGAUGGGCUUUUCGUCCUUCGUUUUGGAUCAUUUGAAGCUGCCGAGGCUGCCGUGCGCAGAUGUAGAGGGACCGUAAUUUAUGACUCCAAGGCACUUUUGCUUUUUUCACCGCGUCGUUGUGUUUAUCAUAAUGGUCAUCUCGUCGAUUUUGUAAUACCAGAGGGGAACUUCGCGAGUGGAGGUAAACAACCAACUAUGCGCAUGUAG